AUAUCAAACAUACAAGAUCAGCUAUGUCAUGAAUCUUUUCUUUCUGAGUGGUCUGAACAUGCAGCGUUGCCUCUGAGAACUAUAUUUAGCUGUAACAUGUAAUCCUUUUUUUUUUUUUUUUUUUUUUUUUUUUAAAUCUUUUGUAAAUGAGCAAGAAAUUUGCUUUUUGGUUUUCUGGGCUCUGUGUUAUCUUUGACAAACGACAAGGUUACUUUCUCUGCUGUUUUUAGUUCUUUGCCACUUUGAAUUUCUGUUUCACGAUGAAAGAUUUCUGGCUUUUCCUUCUGUUCUGCACCGUUUUCUCUCCAUUUAGAAGGGAAAUUACAAGGCAGGAUGACAAUUAUCAUCCUUCCUUUCUUAAUUUAGUAAUAUUGUUCAGUCUGGAUUUUUUUUUUUUGUUCCAGAAAUCUCUGCGUUUGCAUGUACAUGGCUUUCUCUGCUAUCUUCUUCUCCCUCAUAUUCUCUUAACCCGCAUAAUUAAACUGGGCUUAUAUAUGCCUUCCUGCAAAAUAGGCUAUGGGCACUUAAAAGGGAGGCCCAGAUAAUCCAUCUUCCAGAUCACAUCUUUUUCCUGGUGUGACCAUCAUGACUUUGAUCUGAGUUGCUUUCUGCAGGAGUGUCUAUCUCGAACUGAAGCUUCUUUUAUUCUCAUAAACUGAGUUUCUGUGUAACUGUUUACAUGAUUUAAAGUGCAAUAGAUUUAGGAUAGAAGAAAAGAAAGAAUCAAGGAUUAGCGAAAACACGGUGAAUAUACGCAAAGGGAUGCUGCGGUGGUUUGCAUUUUGGCGACGUGCUUGUUCUUAAUCUUGACAGUAUGGUUUGGAGAACUCUUGCGACCACCGGCCAAGGACCUGGCCCGAGGGACAGUCACAGUGCUGUUCUUGUGGGGCACAGGAUGGUUGUGUUUGGGGGUACCAACGGCUCUAGAAAGGUUAAUGACCUUCAUGUACUGGAUCUCAGGUCCAAAGAGUGGACUCAGCCGAGCUUCAGAGGGAAACCACCGUGCCCUCGCGAAAGUCACUCUGCCACACUUAUCGGGAACGAUAAGAUGGUCAUUUUUGGGGGUAGUGGCCAAGGCGAAGCGAACUACUUGAACGACCUGCAUAUUCUGGACCUAGAGACGAUGAGGUGGAUGUCUCCUGAGGUAAAAGGCGAGAUUCCUGUCCCCAGGGACAGUCACAGCGCUGUUGCCAUGGAAAACAAAUUAGUGGUGUAUGGUGGAGAUUGUGGCAAUCGGUAUCUUGGCGAUGUUGAUGUACUUGAUACGGACACAAUGACCUGGUCAAAGUUGACUGUUCAAGGAUUUUCACCCGGGGUCAGAGCUGGUCACGGUGCUGUGAGCAUUGGAACCAAGAUCUAUGUCCUUGGAGGGGUCGGAGACAAGCAUUAUUAUAAUGACAUCUGGGUGUUUGACAUGGUCAAUCAUCUGUGGACGCGGCUUGGUGCACAUGGCCAACAACCUCGGGGCAGAUUCUCACAUACUGCUGUUGCUCUAGGAACUGACAUUGCCAUCUACGGCGGAUGUGGAGAGGAUGAGCGUCCGCUCAAUGAGCUAUUGAUCUUGCAGCUUGAAGAAGAACAUCCUAAAUCCCAUCAGAACAACCCUUUGUGUAGCAUCUUGUCGGAGCAAUGGAACAAAAAGAACAGAAGACGGCCAAGAGGAACCGGUAGCAUGCACGAUACCUUUUACGAUGGCAAAGACAUUUUCAGCAGAGGAAUUUUGGCAGCUGGAGCAGAAUUCAAGGAAUCUGUUUGUUUCAGUCCAGAUGCUUUUCGCCUAAAGCGGGAAAGAACUGCCAAUUUGAGGGUCUUGGAGGUAGAAUCAGAGCAAGAAGAGCAUUCCCUCUCUCUGUCUCAGCAUUCUUCCCCAUCGCAGUCUGAUCAAGAGCAAACUCAAGUUUUGAAAGCCACCGAUUCAGUCAGAGGAUCUCAAGAAUAUCAUUUUCUUAAGAACUUCAAUCAGAUUCAUAGCGAUGGCCAACCUGAUGGCAAUGUUCUUAGCUGCCCGAAGACACUCAGAAUCGACAGUCAAGGAAGUCCACCAGAUCUCAUUCUAGGUGGGCCACAAGUCGUCACUAGACACGAACCAUCAAUUCACGUUGCUCACAAUUAUCGACAAGGAUUGCAUUACCGACCAGAACAGACAAGUGGUUUGGCGCCUGUUCAAAAUAUGAUUGGAGCUGAUGUUCGCGGAAAAGUUGAUGGAGCGUUUGAUUCGGGCUUCUUAGUUACCGCGAGUGUUAAUGGAAAGACAUUCAGAGGAGUCUUAUUUGCACCGGCACCGAGCAUCAUGUCCAGAGGUGCGGCUCUCGCUCAAAACCCUCCACGCCCUACUCAAAUUCCCCUUGCCCACCCUCUGCAAAACUCGGGCCGCGCCGAACCCACAAGACAUGCUCAGCAAGCGCAAGGGACAAGGCCGCUUCAGGUUGUUAGAACCUCUCCUCUUUUGAACAAGGAACCGAAGCAGGGGAGCGAUCUUCAAGGCGUGGUUCUGACGUUGGGAGGACCGGCUAGCGGUCAUUAGUUAAGCUUUUAGCAAUAAAAACCAACACUCCAUAAUACGUAUGUAGAGGGGAAAAUGGAGCACGCUCCACGUCUGCUGCUCAUUAACUACUGUAUGCCAAAGUGUAAUCUGCAAGUCUUUCCCUCUGUUUGUGCCUAUGUAGUUCUUGAAUGCAGUCUCUUUUUUUGUCAAAA